GGAAGGUGGGGGCGGGGGAAGGAAGGGUGUGUUUGGCGCAAAGCCCGCCGGGGCAUGGAGUCCUGGUGAGCUUUGUGCGCAUGUGCGGGACGGUGAGGGGGCUUGGGGGGCCUCGCCCUGGAGAGUGAGGUGCUACUGACUGGGACCUAGGUGGCCCCAUGGAGCCCCCGGUGCCCCAGCCCGUGAAGCAGGAGAGCCUGGCCCUGGAGGCCCUAACGUUGGACUCGCCUUGGCACCGCUUCCGCCACUUCCACCUGGGUGAUGCCGCGGGGCCCCGCGAGGCGCUGGGGCUGCUGCGCGCGCUGUGCAGGGACUGGUUGCAGCCCGAGGUGCACACGAAGGAGCAGAUGCUGGAGCUGCUGGUGCUGGAGCAGUUUCUGAGCGCCCUCCCCGCAGACACCCAGGCCUGGGUGUGCAGCCGCAGGCCCCAGAGCGGCGAGGAGGCUGUGGCGCUGCUGGAGGAGCUCUGGGGCCCAGCAACCUCCCCAGAUCGGUCCUCAGCAAUGAGAGCGUCUCAGGAUAUGACAGAAGGCUCCGGGGUCAGUGUUGGAAAGGAAGAAAGUGGGAUGAUUCCCCUAGGACCAGGGGCCUCCGGGGCGGAGGUGCCCACGACGGGGGACACAGGGGCCGUGCGCCCCUACAAGCAGGAGCCAGGCAGCCCCCCGCCUGCCCCGCUGGCUCCGGUCCUCCCCGCCUUCCUGACGACCCCUGGCACCGUGUCGUGCCCGGAGUGUGGCAAGACGCCCCUGAAGCCGGCGCACCUCCUGCGCCACCGGCAGAGCCACACCGGCGAGAAGCCGUACGCGUGUCCCGAGUGUGGCAAGGCAUUCCGGCGCAAGGAGCACUUGCGGCGCCACCGCGAGCACCUGCGGCGCCACCGCGGCACGCCCCCUGGCAGCCCCGGGCCCGCGCUGCGCCCGCUGCCGGCCCGCGAGAAGCCGCACGCCUGCUGCGAGUGCGGCAAGACCUUCUACUGGCGCGAGCACCUGGUGCGCCACCGCAAGACGCACUCGGGCGCGCGGCCCUUCGCCUGCUGGGAGUGCGGCAAGGGUUUCGGGCGCCGCGAGCACGUACUGCGCCACCAGCGCAUUCACGGCAGGGCGGCCGCGGCGCAGGGGACCCCGGCUCCGGGCCCCGAGGGUGGUGGCGCCUUCCCACCCUGGGCCCUGGGGUAGCCACCCCCGACUCCCUGCCGCUGCAGGGCGACACUCCUCCAAAGCCCUCCCCCAGCAUCACCGCCUCCACUGUCCCCUCCCCAAAUUCCCUUUCCACCCUCCCCCCAGUUCCUCUCUCUUAGCUUUCACUCUCCCCUGCAAGAGAUGCCUCCUUUCUGUCCUCCAUCCCCAUCACCCUUUCUUGGAGAGGGGGUACUGCCCCAGGACACCUUCACGUGGGUAAAGGAGCUCAGGGAAGGAGCAGAGCCCCUCCCCCUCGAGGGCCGCAGUCUGGGUCUUGGACCCCAGGACAGAGUGGGGAGGGGGACCCGGACGAGGGAGGAGGUGAUGAAGUCUAAGAAGCAGGUGCAGGUUCUGGUCUGGUUCUCCCUUCGCAGCCCGGAGGAUGGAGAUGAGCAGAGGCCCAGGAAGCUGUCUGAGGAGCAGGUCACCAGCAUCUGAGCGUAAUAAAGCGGCUAACUCAGUGUGUGCGGGA